AUGGCUGCAGUGACCAUGCAUGCGACUGGAGUUGAAGAUGCAGGGAAGACUGAGCAAGAUAAACAAAAUCAAAAUCCUGCACUUCAGAAGAACAGAGUUGGACCUGUUCAGUACUACAUUGAAGAGACAGUUAUUGAGGAGGGUGGUGAACCACAUGAGGUGGUCACUGAGAUCACCAAGACCGUUAGCACUGACUUCACAGGUCCUAAAACUACCACCUACACUGUUGAGCAUGAAAAGCCUUCUGUUGAGGAUGCAGCACCUCCAGUCAGAAAGAGGACAAUACGGACAAAAGUGGACCCAUCUAAGUUUUUGACACCUUACCUGCAACACAGCAAUAAAAUGAAGGACCUAUUCAGUGAGGUUAAAUACCGCAUGGCUGGUGAAGUUGCUAGAACUAUUUGCCACGUUGAUGAAAAGGCCAAGGACAUAGAACAUGCAAAGAAAGUGUCGCAGCAAGUGAGCAAGGUGUUAUAUAAACAGAACUGGGAGGAGAAUAAGGACAAGUACCUGCUUCCCCCUGAUGCUCCAGAGCUUGUGAAUGCAAUAAAAAACACAGCAAUGUUCAGUAAGAAACUCUAUACCGAAGACUGGGAAGGAGACAAAACAUUAUUCUAUCCAUACAAUGACAGUCCAGAGCUCAGGAGGGUGGCACAAGCUCAGAAGGCUCUGAGCGAUAUUGUCUACAAAAAAGGGCACGAUGAACGAAAAUCUAAAUAUACUUCUCUGCCAGAUCCACCUGACGUGGAACAGGCCAAGAAAGUGACAAGGCAGCUGAGUGACAUUAUUUACCAUGAAGACUAUAAAAACAAGAUCAAAGGGAAGUGGAGUCAAACUCCAUGCUAUGAUGUUGCCAUUGCAAAAAUGAAUUCAGAAAAUAUAAGUAUGAGAAAAUACCAGGAAGACUUUGAAAGCAUGAAAGACCAGAUCUACUUUAUGCAGACUGAAACUCCAGAAUAUGAGGCUAAUAAGCGAGUUUCAAAUAAUGUCAGUAAGAUAAAAUACAGAGCGGACUAUGAAAAGAACAAAGCUGUUGCGGAUUAUAAUGUGCUUCCUGCUACAGAGAACCCAUUGCUGAGGCAAUUAAAAGCCGCAGGCAAUGUGCUGAGUGAUAAAUUAUACAAAGAAGCCUAUGAACAAUCAAAAGGAAACAGCAUGAAUUACUGUGACACACCGAAGUUCCAGACGGAUACUGUUCUGAAGAACUUCAGUGAUGUAAAAUAUAAAGAUGCAUAUCAAAAGAAUAUUUUAGGACACUAUUUGGGCAGCUUUGAGGACCCACAUCAAACACACUGCAUGAAGGUUGAAGCUAUGAAGAGUGAUAAAAAUUACAAAGCAGAUUAUGAGGAGGAAAAGACAAAAUGCUACUUCCCUCAGACCAUAACUCAAGAGUAUGAAGCUAUUAAGAAGUUAGAGCAGUGUAAAGAUCACACCUACAAAAAGCAUCCCGAUCAAACCAAAUUUACUCAAGUGACCGAUUCCCCAGUACAGAAGCAAGCGGAGAUCAAUAGCAAACAGCUGAGUGAUAUAAAGUAUAAAGCCAAAGGUGAAGAAAUUCUUCACAAGUACCACCUCCCUCCAGAUGUGCCCCAGUUUAUACAGGCUAAAGUCAAUGCCUACAAUCUUAGUGAUAACUACUACAAAACAGGAUUGGAAGAGUUAAAAUCAAGGGGAUAUGAUCUAAAAAGUGAUGCUAUUCCUAUCCGAGUUGCCAAGGCUGCCAGGCAGGCUGUCAGUGAUGUUAACUAUAAAAAAGGCUAUGAACUCUCCAAGGGUAAACUCGUUGGCUUCAAGAGCCUCCAGGAUGAUCCCAAACUCGUUCAUUACAUGAAGGUAGCCAAGCUGCAGUCUGAGCGAGAGUACAAAAAAGAUUAUGAGAAAACAAAGACUGUGUACAGCAUUCCAAUGGACAUGGUCCAUGUUGUCGGUGCCAAGAAGGCGCAAGAGAUUGCCAGCAAUGCCAAUUACAAGAACCUCCUGCACCACUAUACUUACUUACCAGAUGCAAUGAAUGUGGAGCUGACCAAGAAUAUGAUGGAGAUUCAGAGUGAUAAUGCAUACAAAGCAGAUUAUAACAACUGGAUGAAAGGCAUUGGUUGGAUCCCCAUUGGCUCUAUAGAAGUAGAAAAAGCUAAAAAAGCUGGAGAUGCCUUGAAUGAAAAGAAAUAUCGUCAGCAUCCAGACACCAUUAAAUUUACAAGCGUGGUGGACUCUCCAGUAAUGGUCCAAGCCAAACAGAAUUCAGUUCAACUCAAUGAUAAACUGUACAGAUCUUCGGGAGAGAAAGUUAAACACAAAUAUACUCUUACCCCUGAUGUCCCGCAGUUUAUCCAAGCUAGAUACAAUGCAGCUAACAUCAGUGACGCAUAUUAUAAACAAGACUACCAUGAUCUAAUAGCUAAAGGGAACAAUGUGUCACUUGAUGCUAUUCCAAUUACUCUAGCCAAGGCUUCAAGGAACAUUGCUAGUGAUUAUAAAUAUAAAGAAGCGUAUGAAAAGGCUAAAGGGAAACAGGUUGGUUUCAGAAGCCUGCAAGAUGAUCCUAAGCUUGUCCACUACAUGAACGUAGCAAAGAUUCAGUCUGAGCGUGAGUACAAGAAAGACUACGAGAAGACCAAGACUAACUACCAUACACCUCCUGACAUGUACAGUAUCCAGGCUGCUAAACAGUCUCAGGACAUAGCUUCUAAUGCCCACUACAAAAACCUGAUCCAUCACUACACUUACCUGCCAGAUGCCAUGGAUGUCGAGCUUGCAAAGAACAUGAUGCAAAUUCAGAGCGAUAAUGCAUACAAGCAAGACUAUAACAGCUGGUUCAAGGGUAUUGGGUGGAGCCCGCUCGGUUCUCUGGAUGUUGAAAAAGCUAAAAAGGCUGGAGAUGCAUUAAACGAAAAGAAAUACCGUCAGCACCCAGACACCAUCAAAUUUACGAGUAUACCAGACUCAAUACCAAUGGUUUUAGCUCAGCACAACACCAAGCAGCUGAGUGAUGUAACAUAUAAGCAAGAAGGUGAAAAAGUAAAACACAAAUACACUCUGGAUCCUGAUGUUCCUCAAUUUAUCCAAGCCAGGGUCAACGCCUUCAAUUUGAGUGAUGUGAGCAUAUAA